AUGGGCGAAAACCAGCCGAACGCCGGCUCCGGGGCGCAGCAGCCGGCUCCGACGAUGGCCAAGUAUCGAGAAGAGCAGGCGCUGCUGCGGACUAUGCUGGACAAGAGAGCAGCGAUUGCGCGACGGCUGGCGACGAUAGAAUCGGAUAUUGAGCAGAAGGAGACGACAUAUCUCGAGAGCACACCCAACGGCAAUAUCAUUGCGGGAUUCGACAACUACAUCAAAGGCACGGGUGCAGCGGCCCAGCGUCGCAAAGCUGGCGCCACGGAGCAGAACAGGGUGUUUUCGAGGUCUUCGAUUUCAUAUCGUCCUGGUAGUGAGGCCACGACGCCGGGAUCUACGCCUGCUUCGCAUGCGCCGACGCCCAUGUCCACCUCGUUCAAGGACGGAUCUGGGUCGAACCACGCCACGCCGACGUCCGCGACUGCGUCCAAGUCGGGCAAGAAGAACAAGAAGAAUGAGGAGGAUAGCGACCACGAUUCGCAAGCGCCCAACAAGAAGCGGAUCAACUUUGGUUCUGGACGAAAGUGA